AUGGAGCCAGAACUAAAGGAGAAGUUGUUGGCUCGGGAUGACAUAAGUUUGGACUUCGAGGAUGCCCGAUCUGUGAUCGAUAAUGGACAUUACUUUAGGAAUCCCGAUUUCUAUGAAAGAGCGGUAAGUUAGAGGCGCAAAGGUGAUAGUUUCAAUAAUGUCGCUCUAUCAAUCCGAAUUAGAUACAGGAAAACUUCCAAAAAAUUAUCAAGGAAUUUACAAAAGUUUUGUCAUUAUGACGUAUUUUCUAGGCGUUUUUUUAUUUCCGAAUGGAAGAAUAACUUUUGCAGCUCUCUAUUGCUACUGUUCUGCCUCCGAUGGAGUUAACUUGGAAUAACGUUACCGUAUUUGUAAGUUGUCAAAAAAAACCACCUUAUUUUGCGAAUCCAAAUGUGAAUUAUGGCUAUUUUAGCCCAUAGAAGACAGUGAGAAGAGUUGUAGCUCUAGACUGGGCGAUCUCUACAAUGCCAUCAUCAAGGAGAAACCUAGUAGGAUACGAAGGGGAAGAAUUUUGGACAGUGGUAUGUCUUUUUGGAUGUUGUUCAUGUUGAUUUGAUGCAAUUGUUAACUCUUGUCUUUCAGUCUGUGGAAUUGCUCGAUCUGGAGAAGUUCUGGCGUUGAUGGGAGCUAGGUAAAAUAAUUUUUUUAUGUUGCGUUUAUGGGCGUCAAAUUCAUGGAUUUUUCUUCAUCCUCAUUUUUAGUGGUGCUGGAAAGACAAGUCUCCUAAACAUCCUAACUCAACGAAACUUGAGUACGGUUCGAGUAGAAGGUGAGGUUCGAGUAAAUGGGAUAAAAAUGGGCAAAGAGCAGUUGCGCAAGAUGAGUGCGUAUGUUCAGCAAGAUGAUCUAUUUAUUGGCACAAUGACUGUUAUGGAGCACCUCAAAUUCAUGGCAACAUUGAGGAUGGGACGAAGUUAUUCCAAAGCUGAGAGGGAAAGGAGAGUGUACACUGUUAUGAAUGAUCUGGGUCUUAUCAAAUGUGCAAAUACGAUCAUUGGUACUCCGUUCCAAUCUAAGGGACUUAGUGGAGGAGAGAGGAAACGCUUGGCGUUUGCUUCGGAGGUAAGGUUACUGAAAAUCUGUCUUUAAAAUUUGCGAUGAUGGUUCAUAACUGUUAGGUUGUCCAAUAAGUACGGUUUUGUAAAUGUCGUUUUUCCGAAGUUUUUUUUGUACGACCAAAUUCACCGUGAUAACAGCAGUCGAUUUAAUCAAGAUAAUUCUCAAAAACAUUACUCAUUGUACAACCUACCUAAUAUUUUUCAGAUUCUGACAAGCCCUCCUCUUUUGUUUUGCGAUGAGCCCACGUCAGGAUUGGACUCUUAUUUGGCGCAACAAAUUGUUCAACUGUUGAAAAAUCUGGCCAAAACAAAGAAUAUGACUGUGGUCUUGACAAUCCAUCAACCUUCCAGUCAGGUCUUUGAGUUGUUCGAUAAGUAAGUAGCGGAUAUUAUUUUAAAAGUAUGUUAUUACCUAAAUUCGUGAGCAGUUUAUGGUUUUAGAGUUUGUCUAUUGGCUGAUGGAAGAACAGCUUUCCUUGGUUCCAUGUUGGAGGCAUCAAUGUUUUGGAAGGGAAUGGGGAUGAACCUUCCAGAUAAUUAUAAUCCAGGAGACUUCUUUAUCAACACUUUGACCCAAGAUGAAAAGGAUAAAAAGAAUAAAAAAGCAAAGGUCAGUCGGUUUUAUAAUUUUGAUUCGAGUUGUAGAAGAUUUGCGAUGCCUUUGAUACCAGUGAUAUUGGGAAGGAGUUGAAGAAAACUGUGGCGAAAUUACAUCAAGCUGAUACCAGCGGAUCCAGCAAUUCAGAUAGUGAUAUCCACAGAACUCAUGAUGUAUAUUGGAAUGACAAAUACAAGUACCGAUCAACGUAAGUAAUCGCUUAUUGUUUUCGAUGUCUAGCUUUUGUUAAUUUAUAUUGUUUUAGAUGGUUCCAGCAAUUUGUAGUGCUUACCAAGAGAUCUUUUCUCGUUACGAUCAGGGAACCAAUGCUAUUAAAAGUCAAAUUGAUCCAAACUAUCAUUAUCAGUAUCAUUCUUGGACUCAUUUACUUCAAUACUCCGGUCAAACAGUCAACCAUUAUGAAUAUCAAUGGAUUACUGUAUCAAGCUGCUAGUAAUAUGAAUUUUAUGUUCCAAUUUGCUGCGUUGGGAGUAAGGAAUUUUCUGUUAUAUCAACCCGAUUUUUUUAAAAUGAUUCUAUGUUUUUUAGAUGAUUUGCGCGGAGUAUCCAAUAUUUUUACGCGAACAUCUCAGUGGAACUUAUCGAGUCAGCUCGUAUUUUCUAGCCAAAAAUGUUGCUGAGGUAUGAUAAAGUUGUUCCAUUGUUUUACAUGGCAAUGCUUCAAUUUUUAGCUUGUCCAAUACAUCGUCUAUCCAGUUGUAUUUUCAUCGAUAACUUACUGGAUGUGCGGACUCUACGCAUCUUUCUGGGCCUUUUUGAUCUUUACUUUCAACACAAUCCUCAUGACAAACGCCGCUGUUUCUGUUGGUAAGGUUUUAUUCACGUUUGGUUAUUGUUUACUAUGUUAAUUAUAUUGUUCCUGAUUUCAGCUUACUUUUUUGCCUGUCUUUUCCCUUCAAUCAAUGUUUCUUCUGCCAUCAUGCCCAUCUUGGUCAUUCCUCUCCUCGCUUUUGGAGGUUUCUUCAUUAAUCAGAACACUCUACCUUGGUAUUUUAUGCCUCUCAAAUACCUCAGUUAUUUUGGAUAUGUAUUUGAGAACAUGGCCAUCAAUGAGUGGAGUGGGAUAGAGCAGAUCCCCUGUGAAGACACCAGGAAUUGUUUGGAAUCAGGUCAGGAAGUCUUGGAGAGUCUCAGCUUCAAUGCGGACAACUUGAUUUUUAAUACAGUAGCCCUGAUCUUGAUGAUAAUUACCCUCAGAUUUAUUGGAUUUCUCGCUCUUCUCACUCACGCCAGCAAUAAGAAAUAG